AUGCGGAGUAUACCUAAAAUGGCCGCGAUGGAUUCAACUCAUGUUGUUGCAGAGGUUGCAGAACUCAACUCUUCAAACAAUGAAGUUAACAUUAAUGGAGGCAACCAACAAACAAGAAUUUCGAGUUUUCUGAAACGAUUCAGAAAAAAGAAGACAGGUGGUUGGAGUUCAGCAAGUUUCUUGCUAGUAAACCAAGGACUUGCAACGCUAGCGUUCUUCGGUGUGGGCGUGAACCUGGUUUUGUUCUUGACCAGAGUGUUGGGUCAGGGAAAUGCAACUGCGGCUAACAAUGUGAGCAAAUGGACCGGAACGGUUUACUUGUGCUCUCUAUUGGGUGCCUUCUUCAGUGACUCGUACUGGGGCCGCUACUUAACCUGUGCCAUCUUCCAGUUGAUUCUCAUUGUGGGGCUGUUGAUGUUAUCAUUGGCGUCUUCAUAUCUGUUGGUUAAGCCUGUGAAGUGCGGCGAUGGCAUAGAGAAAUGCACGCCGCCGACCACCGCCGGGAAUGUCGUAUUUUACAUCGCCAUUUAUCUGGUGGCGCUUGGCUACGGCGGCCACCAGCCCACGGUUGCAACGCUGGGGGCCGACCAAUUCGACGAAUCAGACCCUAUAGCAAAGGCUUCCAGAACGGCUUUCUUCAGCUGCUUCUACUUCGCACUCAAUCUUGGAUCGCUCUUCUCCAACACCAUCUUGGCUUACUUCGAGGAUUCUGGGAAUUGGACUAUAGGGUUUUGGUCUUCUACCGGCUCUGCAGUUACUGGGUUGCUUCUCUUCUUUCUGGGCUCCCCCGGCUAUACUUAUGUUCAGCCAUUUGGUAACCCUUUUAACCGCAUUUCUCAAGUGUUUGUAGCUGCUUACCGGAAACUCGGCGUUAAACUCCCAGAAGGACAGGAGUUGUACGAGGUUGCACCCUGCUCUCAAUCCUCCAUUAGAGGAAGUCGGAAGAUCCUGCACACUGAUAACCUCAAGUGUUUGGACAAGGCGGCGAUAGUGACACAGAAUGAUAGAAUUGGGUCGCCAAAUCCAUGGAGGCUAUGCACGGUGACGCAAGUGGAAGAAACCAAAUGCAUACUGAGACUGCUUCCCAUAUGGAUGUGCACCAUAAUGUACUCCGUCAUCUUCACUCAAAUGUCAUCCCUGUUCGUGGAGCAAGGCGAGGUGAUGGACACCCACCUGGGCGGCCGCGGGUUCCGCAUCCCGGCGGCCAGCAUGUCCGCCUUCGACAUCUGCAGCGUCCUCGUCUGCACCAUCCUCUACCGCUUCGUCGUCAUCCCUUUCACCUCCGCCGUCAGCAACAACCCCAAGGGCAUCACGGAGCUCCAGCGCAUGGGGGUCGGGCUAAUCAUCGGAAUGCUAGCCAUGGUGGCCGCCGGCGUGACGGAGAUCCAGCGCCUGAGGCGAGUUUCCCCCGGGGAAUCAACGAGCCGGCUCAGCAUCUUCUGGCAGGUGCCGCAGUACGUGCUGGUGGGGGCGUCGGAGGUGUUCAUGUACAUCGGGCAGCUGGAGUUUUUCAACGGGCAAGCCCCCGACGGGAUCAAGAGCUUCGGGAGCUCGCUUUGCAUGGCGUCCAUGUCUCUCGGGAAUUACUUCAGCAGCAUGUUGGUGAAUGUGGUGAUGGAUAUCACGGUGCGGGGAAAGAUGCCGGGAUGGAUCCCGGAGAAUUUGAACGCCGGACAUAUGGACAGGUUUUACUUCCUCAUCGCCGGAAUGGCUGCCGUGGAUUUUGUGUUGUUUGUGCUUUGUGCAAGAUGGUAUAAAUUCAUCAAGCUUGAAGAAAAUGAAGAAGAAUUAGCACAAGUAGUGGAUGAUCGCAUAGUUUAGUUUGAAUCAUCCAUCUUUUUCAUUGUUCUACCUGUCAAGGAUUGUUAAACUCAGACAGGGAGUUGAUCGAGAAAGUCAUAUAUGGCUAAUGGCUCAAUAUAAUAUAAAUAAAAUUUAACUCCUAAUAUAAUUGACCUCCCUGUUUGUAUUA